CUCCUCCACUCUAUUUGACCUAGUAGCCAGCCAAGCUAGCAACUCUGUCCAAACUUUUUAGUUGCUAACUAUCGACAGACGUGGAGUAAUUGUAUUAUAACAAACAAGCUUAUCUACUGAAAUAUUACCUUACUUUUGUGUAUGUCAAAGGUUAUUUGAUCAAAGAACAGCUAGCAAAUCAUUCUACUCUCACUGUACUACUACUAUUGUUUGUAACGUUCUAUUAUUAGACUAGUAGCACUACAGUAGUAGUGUAGCUAGCUCUAGCUUUAGUAGCUACAGUAGAACACCUGUACAUCAUAAACGUUGGUAGCAAUCUGCCAUAACAUCAACAAAGAAGAAGCACACUUAAAUUAAGCGUGUAGAAGCGAAAAGUUGAUAAAGGGACGUUAUUGGUAUGAGCUGGACGACCAGUAAGAGGUUGUGGCGGCAUCCCCAGUAGCUGUCACCACGGCGGGGGACAUCCGGCCCUCCGUCUGCAGGGUGGUCAUUUACCUUCAGAGGGACAUGUCUGGCGACAGCUGCCUUCAACAACUUCACACCAAGGCUGGCUCCCACCCACCACCCUCGCUUUUGGCAUGUUCCCAGAUCAAUGCUUUCAGUAACAGAGGUGCGGUGGGUCUGGGGAACAAGUAUGUUCGGCUGAACGUGGGAGGGACCCUGUUUUACACCACACUGCAGGUGCUGACGAAGCAAGACUCUAUGCUGAAGGCCAUGUUCAGUGGCAAGAAAGAGGUGUUCACCGACAGGGAAGGCUGGAUCCUGAUAGACCGCAGUGGGACACACUUUGGCACCAUUCUCUCUUACUUACGAGAGGGCACGGUCACCUUGGUAAAGGGCAAACAGGCGGUCUUGGAGCUACUGGCAGAGGCCAAGUAUUACCUCAUUCAGGGGCUGGUGGAGCUGUGCCAGAACAACUUGCAGGACGAUAAGGAGCAAGCAUUGUGUGUCAUCCCUGUGGUCACCUCUGUCAAGGAGGAAGAAAGGCUAAUUCAGGCUUGUGCAAAGCCUGUGGUGAAGCUUGUGUACAACAGAAGCAACAACAAGUAUUCAUACACCAGUAACUCAGAUGAUAACCUGCUUAAAAACAUUGAGCUGUUCGACCGGCUGUCACUGAGCCACAAUGGGCGCGUGCUCUUCAUCAAAGAUGUGAUUGGUGACGAGAUCUGCUGCUGGUCAUUCUACGGACAGGGCCGCAAGCUGGCCGAAGUGUGCUGCACCUCCAUUGUCUACGCCACAGAGAAGAAGCAGACCAAGGUAGAGUUCCCAGAGGCACGCGUCUACGAGGAGACCCUGAACGCUCUGCUGUACGAGACACUCCCUGUUCCAGACAACACACUUCUGGAGGCCACCCGUCGCCACCACGCCCACUGUGGUUCGCACAGUGAGGAAGAUGAAGGGCCCGGGCCCGGGGCGGAGGUUAGAGAGCGGGUACGGCACAUCCAUGUCAAGAGGUACAGCACCUACGACGACAGGCCGCUGGGACACUAAAACCUCAACAACAUGGGGGACUACUUAAACAUUCUCUAGUUACUGCACCUAUCAAAGCAUUAGUGAUCUCUGGCACAAAAUAGUGUCUCUCUUGCAUUUGCCUGGUGUGUGACUUGACUUUUCACAUUGAAUCCUUUCAACACUCAGUCUUUUUUUCUGUAUUUAUCUACAAUAAUAUUUGAACCGUUUUUUAUUAUGGAAAUUAUGAGUUACUUUUACCACGUCUGUGUUUUUCUUUCUUUUUGUCCUAACACAUGUAAUUAAAAUGAAACUUACAUAUUAAUCUGUACUGGGUACAUUGUGACACUGUCAACAUGAGCUACAUUGGAUUCUAUUUAUUUGGACAACAGCAACCAAUUAUAAGAAACAGACCUCAAAUGCAGUUAGUAAAAACGUACUGUAUGACUGCAGGCAGCAAUACCCACUGAAAAGGAUGUACACAUUUAUCAUUAAAAAAAACUGUUUUAUGUGCUGAAAUAGUUUAUGAAAAUCCUCAAAAGAAAGCAUAAUCAAAUAACUACCACCACAACCCUAACUCAGCCAAUGUACAAACAAGGUGACGUAGACCUACAGUGCUUUAACAGGUGCAAUAGCUAUGUACUGGAAUAAAGCUUUUUUUGUGCUUGGGUAAAGUAAAGAUUGUGGUGGUCAUUUGAUUCAAAUUAUGAAUGAAAAAUUGAUGUUUUUAAAUGACACUGGUAAAUAUGAGCUGGCUGGCCCUUCCCUAUUGUUCAACAAGGGGCCAGGGGUAAGGGAAACUUGGCUACAGACACAUUAGACAACAUACAGCAAAUGUUAUACUGAAGUAGUUGUUAAUCAAUGUCAGUAGGCGAGUUGGUGUGGUAUUGACAUCUAUGAGUAAGACUAUAAUCACUUAAAUGCGUGAUUUUACAUGUAAUGCAGAUUUUUACGUAAAAAAAAUGUUUCAAUAAAUUCAAUAGGCCUAUAUAAGGUUGUU